GCCCGCCGCCCAGUUGUAAUCUCGACAAGAGAAAGCGCAACGUCAUCCAGUCAAAUGAUGACACAACAGAAUCGCUGGGCUCCAUCGAAUAGCAUCCGUCGGUUAUCAGUUGUCGAGAUAAGUUUUUUGGUCGAGGGGCGUUGAUAAAGGGGGGACGUUUUACACGGGUGUGAGAGACGGCUGUUUAUCACGCCGACCCAGAGAACUCAACUGUCAAACACAAAUUGAAAGUCAGAGAGUUGAAUCGUCGUCGUCGUCGUUUGGCUGGCGUGUUUUGUUCCAGCCAUGUCGGUUGAAUUUGUAAUCUCGCCCAAAAGUUUGGACGACUCUGCUCUACUAGUGUCAAAUUGUGCCUUCCAUCCGCACGAACCCGUCCUGGCCUGUGCCGUGCAGGGCGGACCCGUUCGCCUGUACCAGCAGCCGGACGCCGUCGGCUCCAUCGUUCCAUUGUCAAAGUGGAAAGAGACCGUCUUCAAUCCGGUUUCCACACAAUACCCCGUUUCCGACGCCUCGUGCCUCCAGUGGGACGCGGAUGGGAGGCGAUUAGCAGUCGGUUACCAAAACGGAACGCUGAUCCUGUGGAAUGGCGAGGACGGAUGUCGUUUGCUCGAGAGGCGAAAGCACACGGCCAGAAUCGGGAGCAUUCGAUGGAAUCCAAUCCGGACCAAUGUCUUCGCCAGCGCCAGCAGCAACGACAGGUCGGCCUUGGUGUGGGAUGCUGACAAGAAACCGUCGCCGCUGGUUCAACGAUUCACCGACGCCGAUCGGAUUGACGACGUCGUUUGGAUUUCGGCAACUCAAUUGGCUUUCUACUCGAGAGACCAGACCGACGGAAUCAUUCGCAUUUGCCAAAUCGGCAGGGAGAAUCCGAUAAUGGCCUUGGUGCACGGAAACUCGAUCAAUUCCGUACGGUGGAACAGUCAAGUAAACCUACUCGCUUCCGUCUCAUCUUUUGUGACUAAAGGAAUGGGUCACGUCAUGUUGCAGAUCUGGUCGCCGGAUCAAAAUGAUCCAAUCAAAACGUUGAUUCAAGCACAAUCAGAGGUCCGAUGUAUCGACUCGUUAACUCUGGAAAACGACGCUAAUAAACCUUUACUCGUUGUCGGGGGUUGCGCUGACGGUUCGACAAUCGUCUGGAACUUGAACGACAAAGGGAAUAGCCACAAAAGACUUGACGACGGCCAUUACGCAGCAAUUAACGACCUGUGCUUCUCGCCUAAUAGAAGAUGGCUGGCGUCCAUCGACAGGGAUGGCCAAUUAAUCGUCAGAUUAGCCGAGGAUUGGCGAAAAGUGUACGAGACAAAGACGGAGGCCAGUAAUUGCCAAAGAGCUCUUUCGUGGAGUGGUUCCAGUGACAAAUUGGCUAUCGUCAAUGCUCGUUAUCAGGUUUUUCUUGUGGAAAUCAUCCAUUAGACUCCGAGCAAUCUUCAACUUCAAUUCACAUGCAAAAUCAUCCAACCGUU